CGCUUCGCCUCGCCUCGCCUCUCCUCUGCUCUUUGCGCAUGCGUCGACCCAUUGACAGCCCGAUGCUGUGAAAGCGCCUCUACCUUCGACAAUCGACAAUCCCAUUAUUCCACCCGAAGCCCUUUGCUUCGUUUCGUUCAUUGGAAUCAGCGCUCACCACACCUCCUCACAUUCUUUACCGACUACAUUUCGCGUGCCAAACCAGCCUUCCGGCCAGACCGAAGCGACAACAGACACCGCCACCCGAGUCACUCGUUCGCGCGACCCCCCACGACCGCCCUCGACAGCAACGACGGCAGCCUUACCACCCGCUUACGAUCAAUUGCACAAGCACACCUCGCUGGCUCGCUCGGGGUUCACAGGAUAGCAGACAUAGUUAUCGUGGCUUCGCUGCAACGGACAAGGACAGACAACUAUCCCCCGCGCACUUGACACUCGCACUCGAAACGAAACCAUAACCAACCUCAAUCGAUCAAUCUUCGGAAUAGUGAUCUGAAAUGAAGCUAUCCCUCGCGCUGCUCCAAGCAGCCAUUGCUGUCUCCGCUGCGCAGCCCCACCGUCAUGGCCAUGCGCACUUGCACAAGGAAAGACGUGACCCGGUCCCUAACCCGGCUGCGGACUACGUGACUGUGCCAGGACCUACCCAGAUUGUGUAUGUGCUGAAUGGCCGCCCGAUUUCUGAGGCGGAAGUACAGCAGGGCAUCAAGAACGGCUCCCUUGUUUUCGCGCAAGACGGCGAGCUCUCGGCCGCUGGGUACUCUUCCCCAGCCCAAUCUAGCCCUGCUCCUUCAACCUAUGCUGCGCCAACCACCAGCACCACACCACCCCCGGCUCCUACGACCUAUUCCACUCCGACUCCAUCGCCAGCUGCAUCAUCCAGCGGCGGAGGAUGGGGAUCGGACGCGUCAGGCGUUGACUCUGAGUUUCCCGAUGGACAGCUGUCUUGUGACACUUUCCCGUCCAAGUACGGCGCCGUUGCUGUUGACUGGUUGGGACUGGGAGGAUGGACCGGUGUUCAGUGCCCGGGCUCCUCAUCUGGCAGCGGUUACUCCGACAUUCGCACUGUCACCAGUGGUGGCACAUGUGAAGAGGGCUCCUACUGCUCCUAUGCUUGCCCACCCGGCUACCAAAAGUCGCAAUGGCCAACCAUCCAGGGCGCCACGGGCCAGUCGGUUGGAGGCAUUCAGUGCAAGAACGGCAAGUUGCACUUGACCAACCCGGGGAUGUCCAAAUCUCUUUGCAUGAAGGGCAGCGAUAAGGUCCAGGUCCUCGUUCAGAACAAACUCAACAAGAACGUUGCCGUAUGCCGUACCGACUAUCCAGGAACCGAGAGUGAAACUGUCCCCGUCAAUGUCGAGCCUGGCUGCACCUCAAACCUUACCUGCCCAGAUGCCAGCAACUACUACAACUGGCAAGGCAAGAGUACAUCUGCCCAGUAUUACGUUAACCCUGCUGGAGUUCCUGUUGAGAAGGCCUGCCAGUGGGGUUCUGCCUCCAACCCAUGGGGCAACUACGCUCCACUCAACCUUGGCGUCGGUUACAGCAAUGGUGCUGCAUGGCUGUCUGUCUUCCAGAACGCACCUACCACAAAUGCCAAGCUGGAAUUCUGCGUCGAGAUCCAGGGUGACAAUGUUAGCGGCAAGUGCAAGUACUCCAAUGGACAAUACUGCGGAGGAGCCGACGGUAACUCGUGUAGCUCGACCACUGGUUGCACUGUGUCAUUGAGCUCAGGAACGGCCACGUUCGUGUUCUCCUAAGUCAUGAUUACGAGGAUGCAGGCGGCCAACUACCCGCCACGGCACGACAUGACAGCUCGAACUCUUCCCUCGAUUUCUGUAUGGCGUGUGGUCUAGCACCGCUCACGUAUCACGAACAGCCCGGCAGCUCCUGUAUAUGAUACCUGGCAAUCUUUUCUUGGUCAUGCCUUCGCAAGCGUUAGCGCAGGGUGCUGUUAGGCACCUGGUCGAAUCGGCAUAAGCAUCAGCAUCUGAUCUUUCACGUCGUGUACGGUCCUCGCGCUGCGGGUUCGGUGCCGAUCGAGUGCGCACGAUUCUAUCAAUUUGGUUUACACAAAUGUAUGUUUCCUUACCAAUGGUUCGAGCUUGUUUGUGUCGUGCAAUGGUGAGGAGGUUGUUUUGCUCGUUUCCUCCUUAGGUCAAGUACGAGAGAUGUGUAUAUGCUCUGUCCGAUCUGUUGGACCUAGAAAAACAAGAUCGACGUGACAAUGACAGUGCUGGGCAACGCUGAGACGGGCGAGAGAUGGACCUGCCUGUGGAUGGUCCGAUGGCAUCAAUCCGCUGAUCUGGCAUGCGAGGCGUUGCUGCUUGUAAAUAAUGUCCUUUUUUAAUGUUGAAUUGCGCCUCUCCUUGAAG